AUGCAGUGGUUGUGUGUGUUGGUCGUUGCCGUGGUCAUCUCGUCGGCCGUCGGUCAGCAUGACGUAUUCGCCUUACCCCAAGCGCCUCGAUAUGCUGCGAAACCAACUGUACCACCUGAGUACUCUUCCUUUUUUGAGCUCGACGGGCACGCUCGUGAACUGGUCGACUCAUUACUAGGACCUCGCCCAGGUGGUCUGUUCCCCGAAAAAACUUAUGAAAUUGGCGCUCCGUCUGAGCCGGCAGCUGGCAGUAAGCCUGUUCAUGUGCCCUCGACUCUCGAGCGUACACUUGAGCAGUUCUUCACUGCUCCUGAACCAGCUAGCGGUCAGGCGUUACCUCCUGGAUUCGGCUCAGGUUUCUCUUUAUUGAACAAUAACAAACCUGUAACAACUUUCGGCUCAACCAUGCGCAGAGCUCCAGAGAAAGUCCUCUCAAGUGAAGUCGAGGGUUCAGGCGAAGAACCUAAAAGUUCCAUUAUGGGCAUCCCAAAGGUAUUCCCGAAACUUCCCAAAGCGCCCAUCGCUGAGCCAGAGACUUACGUUAGCCGGGAGUCCGGUGUUAUUGGAGGAACUCCCAAUCUCCCAGUAGUUCCUUCUGAUCCCGAGAUCCCGGAAGGUGGAUUCCUCCCAGCCGACAUCAGACGUGCACCGCAAUCCGUUUCUGCUGUAGCCUCAUCCCAUGAUGACGACUCCAAAUCGGACAGUUUCGAGGAUGAGUUCGAAGAAAUUCGCAAAGAAGCCACUACCCCGUCUGGUGGUCUUAUUGGUACCAUUAUUAAAUUGAUCGGUAUGGGGCAGAAGAAGCUCGCCGAGGCUAAGACUGGUGAAGCAGAUGGAAAGUCAUCUAUUGAUGAGAAGAAUGCUCUCGGUAAAGCCGUAUCCAAUCUGAUUGGAGGAGAAAACAGCCCACUUCCAGCUAAGAACAUGAUCUCCAACCUUUUCUACAAGGCUCUAACAUCAGGCAGCUUACAGCCCAACGACACUAAGACUGAGGGCAUGGGAGACCUGCUUGCCCCUCUGUCGAGCAACGGCAGCAUAGUUCUAACUCCGGCUCAGUCAGCAGCCAUCACUGAGAACCUGGAAAUGGUGCAAAAUUUCAUCAUUCAACCGUCCUCACCACUUUGCACCCAGAAACCGGAACCCGUUGCCUUCGACAUGUACUCCUUUAUGGGUCAAUGGUAUCAGGUUGUCUACAGUCCUCCCUUCUCGUCAGGACAAUGUAGUAUGGUAGCAUAUAAGAAGUUGAAUGAUGUCAACAAUGGAGGACCUGGAUCCAUUUUUGAGAUUUUCGAAUACACAACUGAUGGAACUCCCUAUGGAAAGCCAAAAAUCAGCUCUGGCUACGCAAUGAUUAGAUCACCUGGAGAGCUCAUCUACCGUACUACAUCGAAUCAAGAUGAUGUAAAUGUGCACGUACUCCAUGUUGGACCAUUGAAUGCAAACAACGAGUACGAGUACAUAAUCAUGUCGACGAACUGUAACUUCCCUCUCUACGUGUUUGCUCGUGAUCCAAUUAUGUAUAGGCAGCUUUACGAAAGUGAAGUGAACGCGAUUCUGGAGAAGAAGGGCCUUGUCAACGGUAUCUCACGUAUUCUGAAUAUCGUCGCUCCAGUGGAGAGCUCAUUGUGCACGUUCCCACCGUCACUGUUCAAUAUUCAGGUGCAUGAUGGGGAAUACGAAGAGCGUUGUGUGGGGAUAUUUGCCGAUGAACUGAACUUCACCGAACACGUUUUCAGAGUCAGUAGCGAGAUGCGUCGCGUCGUCACGCUCAUCUCUAUUGUCGUCGCCAACGUCGUCAUCAUUAAGGCGGCACCUGUUCAAGAUGCACCCUCUUUCGAAAGCUUCAAUAAUGGUGCCACAUUAACAAAGUCCAGUGAAGUUGGAGGGAGCAAGAAGCCCGACCUCGUCAAAUUGGGGGAUGUAGCAGAGUCUAUCCUGAAUCGGCUUGGAAUUAAUAUGAAAGAAGACAAGGGCGUUCGUAGAGCACCAGUACCCAGUGCCCUUUAUCAGACCGAUGAUCUAAAUGCUGUUAUUGCGGAAGCGAGUGCGAAUCGUGUUGAUUUGCAAGGAAUCACUUCGGGCCAGAUCCCCGGAUUGGCACCAAUUCCAGUACCCGGAUAUCCUGGACCACAAGAUGUGCCAAUUAUUCCGGGAGUUAACACAAUCCCUGGCCUAAGUAACUUCAACUACUUGGUUGGACAGCUCUUUCCUCAGAUGAUCCCACCUGCAAACACUCUUCUCGGAUCAUCUAUCAGCCGAAUUCUCCCAAAAGACUCGGCCAAGAACUUGGCCAAGGACGUUUUUAGAGCAGUUCAUCCUGCAGCUGAAAACGUGGACGUCGCCCGGAUGAUGGGACGAUGGUUCCAAGUGAUCAAUUCGCCUCAUGUUAUUCGGGAAGCUUGCACAGUUCUUCAUUUCGGUGCUCUUACUAACAAUACCUACUCGCCCUCGUUCACAACAUUGAAGUUCUACAGAGAAGGCAAUCCCAAUGGAUCACCAAGGUUCGCCCUCGGCUACGGCUUCAAGUCCGGAGAAACUGGGCAGUUUGUGCUGCACAGCAGUAAUUCACCUGAUGCAGAACCAUUUUGGGUAAUCAAGAAGGGCCCAUUGAAUGAGUAUAACCAAUACGAUUACGCUAUCAUCUCGACCUGGGUCCGAUUCCCAGUGUUCGUCAUUGCUCGUGAUCCAGAACGAUUCCGUAAGGAGCACAUGAAAAACGUGUUGCAGUUCCUUGAAGACAACAAUUAUAUCAAUGUGAUGACGAAAGCAUUCAACAUGAUCUCACCCGUCGACUAUGAAGCCUGCCAGUACACCCCAACAUUUUCAACCGCCGGCUAA